GACGAGCAGUGGUCGUAUAGAGACGAGGUUUUGUGUUUCUUGUCAAUUGUAAAUGUUCUAAGUUUGAAAAAUGUUGAAAUACACUCCCGUGUGGAUAUUUUUGUCACUCAUCCUUCCGCUUAUUGAUGCUAGAGGAACAAACUAUUACACAAAUAAAAUGGACUGCGGACCGUAUGGUUUUGUAUGUGAUGGAGUCUCACGGUUAAGACUUUGUGAAGAGGGCAAUACGCUCGGUCCAGCUUUCUUAUGUCCAUCAAAUACAAUAUGCAAUGAAGAAUCCAAUGAAGUCUGUGAGAAUAUUAGUAAUUAUAUCGAUCCAGCACUAACGAAGAACGUCCGAUGCUACCGCAAUGAGCGGAUAGCAGAUCCAAAUGUUCCUGGCUGCAAAGGCUACAUUUUGUGUAUACCAAAUAAAAAUCGAUUCCAAGGCCUAAAAUUCCAAUGUACAGGACGCACAGUUUUUAACGGCUAUACGCGGGCAUGCACCUCACCCGAUAAAUACAGAUGUCCUCUGGGAAACAACACUUCAAUUACAAACAGGUAUUAUUCAGACGGUAACAGGAAGGGUGAUACCAAUCGUAUUAAUGGGAAUGGAUUUACUCCAUAUGGAACAAGAGUAAAGCCUAUUGAAUGUGAAAAUUAUAAAUUUGCUGUAACCGACGAUGAAGGGCCUGUGCGCGUCACUUACUUCUGCCCACAGAGACCAGCUAAAGGAGAAUCUGUUAUUCGAUGCACGCUGUUCUCGAAUAGCUUUUGUAUUUCCUUGGAAAGGGAUGAGGAAGAUCAAUUUUUACAAGGCGCUGGAUCGGCAAACAGACGACCUCGAAAAAAUUAAUAAUUUCUUUUGGAUUAUAUUCGUAUAAAAGACUGAUUGUAUCAUUGUAUAAAUUAUUUAAUAAAAUAAUAAAUAC